GGGUUUUAAGUUUCCAUAUUUGAGGCUGAGAGUGAGAAUGUUUAUGUGAGAAGAUGGGGCUGUGAUCUGAUGAGUCCAGAACCAAGAAGGAGAAAUGUCACGGCCAGGUAUAAGAAGAAAGAAUUGCCUAACCCUGAGUUUGUUUCCAAACUGCAGAGGUCUGACCUACCCGGAGCUUCUGGAAACCUUGGGUUUAGAUCUCCGGGUUCAGUUAACUCCUCUAGGGUUCAGACUCCGCAGGAUCUAGACGUUGAACUCUCCAACUAUAUUGCCGACAUGGACGAGAUCAGGGAGAAGAACUCAGAGGAUCUCAUCUCUGAGACCAAAGUUGUGGUUUGGCCCCCAGUAUCCGAGGGUAGGACGGAUACACCGGAGUUUCUAACUCCUCCGUCUAGCUAUGCUACUGAGAACUAUUCUUCAGACCAGGAUCAACAAAUCAUUCAACAUUCUCAAAAUUCUAAAGAAAAUAAACUGAACUCAAAUUUUGAAUCUUUCCAGAACUACAGCAGCUCCCAGCAAUAUUCUAUCCAGGAGAGCCACUCUAAGAGUAGCAGCUUUCGACAGAGCAGCUCCCAACUAACUCAAAAGAGCAGUUCCCAACAGAUGGGCUUCAAGCAAAGCAGCUCAGUAACUCCUAUUGAUCUACUGGAUGAGAUGAGUUGGAACCUGACUAAAUCUACUUCAGGAAACCAGGAAAUAAUCAAGUCUCCAGUAAACAAGAGACAGAAAACAUCCCGGAGUAAAUAUUCCAGGGAUAGUCUUGCUGAACUAGAUGCUCAGAUCACAGAUAUUCAAACACAAUUUGAGGCAGAGCUGGAUAAUCUCAUCCGGAUAGCAGAUGAAGCUACAAGAUCCACUGUUCAUAUUGCAGCUAAACAAUCCAAGACAGCAGCAUCAAAUCAGAGUCAAGGGAACAGGAACUUGAAUCAGGAAUACAGAGGGUUUACAGAAGAAAACUACUCUACUGAUAGUUCUGGGUUUCAAAAUCAGCAACAGCAAAAGCAGCUUCUUCAACUUCAGCAGCAUCAGGAGCAAAUGCAGGAAAAGCAGCAAUUACAGAAACAGCAGCUGCACCAACAGAAGCAACUAGAGAUAAAGAAGCAGCAAGAGCUUCAAUUGGAGCAACACAAGUACCAACAAGAGCUCAGUAGUAAGAAAAAGACAUCUUUAGAAAAAAUUGAUGAGUGUGCACCGCCCCGCCCCCCCUCCACCAGGGAUAGAUCAACAAGAUUCAGAUAUAUUCACCAAACCAUCAAAAGGACUGAUCAUGAUGGCGGCUCAGGACUUGCACGAGGAAGUUUGCAAUUGGUCGAGUAAAGAUAACAAUAUUAUUGCCGCUGC